UGAGUGUCACGUAUACAUUGAACACAUAAACUUGGUUCUAAAAAAAUACUAAUACGCACUCGAAAAUUGUUUAUACUCUAAGAAAACACUUGUUGAUGAUUUAACAAAAGAAAAUAUAAUGCCAAUUUCAUUGGGUCGAUUUUACAAAAAAAUAAAUAAGUUUAUUCAUCGUUUGAUAAAAAAAAAAAAAGAUUGUCUUGAUGAUGACUGCCUGGCUGAAAUAUUCAUGUACAUACCAGCAUUGGAGCGACCAAAACUUGCACUAGUAUGCAAAAAAUGGAAAAGAGCACUUGGUUAUUCAUGGUCUAAUGAGAGAAAAGUUGCAUUUAAUUAUUUUAAAUAUCAUAGCAAAUAUGAUGGCAAAAUUAUUGACAAAAAAUCAAGAUGUUUUAAGCAGCUAUUGCUCAAUCAAUGUGGUAAUUAUUUGAGAGAGCUAGAUGUAUCCUAUCCAAGUUCUGAAAUAAUGCCAUUUAUUAAAAAAUCAUGUCCAAAUAUUGAGAUACUUAAAUUGACAUUUAAUGAUGUACAAGAUGUCGAUUGUAAAAGAGCAUUUGCAAAUAUGUCACGUCUUAAAAUAUUACGUAUUAAAUUAAAUUGUAAUUAUCGAAUGCCUGAGUCGUUGAUCAACUCAUUGAAAGCAGUUGUUAAUACAUUGGAAGAUCUUACUUUUAUUAAUUCAACAUCACAAUAUUUGUGGUCUUAUGUGUUACCAAAUUCUGCCAAAUCAAUAUUUCAACAAUUUAAAGUACUAAAACAUCUUUGUUUGGAUCAAUAUGCUAUUGAUGAUUCAUUGGUUGAGUCAAUAAGUCAAUUGAAAAAUUUAAUUACACUCAAGUGUCAUUAUAAUCAUGAACACUUUCAUAGAAUUUAUUCAGAAGCAAAUAUUAAUCCAAUUUUAAAUUUAAAAAAUCUUGAAGUUUUAAUUGUUGAUGCUUGUAAAGAUGUUGAUGAUGGUUUUUUGAUAAAUCUUUCAAGCAAUGCAGAGAAAUUAAAAACUUUAAAAAUAUGGUGUUCAAGUAUAACAGACAAUGGUCUUAUUGCAUUGACAGAAUUAAAACAAUUAGAAGUACUAAGAUUACAUUGGAGUGUUGAAAGUAAAAUAACAGACUCAUCUGUUCAAUGGUUUAAAAAUAUGAAAUCUUUAUAUUUAUCUGAAUCAAAUAACAUCACUGACUAUUCAAUUGGUAAAGUUAUUAAAAAUUCACCGAGUUUAGAAUUUUUUUAUAUUUCAUCUUCUAAUUUAACUAUUGAAGCUGUUAAAAAAGCUGAUGAAUUAACGAAACAUAGAAAUAAUAAUGUUAUUUUAUCGUUAUAUCUUGAAGUUAAAAAUUGUAAUCGUAGCUAUGUACCACCAUGUGAAUCACCAUAUUUAAAUCUUUAUUAUUCGUAAUAAUAUAUUUUUAUUUUUUUAUACUAUUGUUAUACAUACAAUGAUUGAUUUAUUAUAAAUAUUUUAAAAGUUAACUGGUUUAAAAAACUUGAAUAAAUAUAUUUGCAAAAAAAAAAUAAAAAA